AUGGCUACGGGCUGUAAACUACCACAGCUUCCCUGGCCACUGGUGCUGGCUGCCCGGCUGCCCUAGGGUCAUGGACUCCCCGAAGCCGCAGUGCCCCAGCUUCGCGACCACGUUGAGAGCACACUUGCGACCUUUAGGAGCGAUCGUAGAUGAUUCCUUCCUCACAGAAGCCAAGAAUACUCAGAAACGCAAGACGCUGCUGCUGCCACCUACUCAGUGGACCUGGGGCCAGGCUCUUUCACUCCCUUUCUUCUGCGCGGCGGCAGUAACACCGUUCUCAACCACCAGAGGACGCUGUUGCCUCCUGCCGCCCCCGACCCCCGGGGCCGCCCUUCCCGUUUUCACCUGCAGGGGGAAGCAGAGAGCACGGAGCUCCCGGGAACGCCGCCUCCCAACCACCCGCUUGUGGAGGCCUUACCAGCUGUUAACAACCAGGACAAGAAAGCAGCAUAUGCCCAGCAAUCAAACUGGACUGUGCUGUGGGGGCAAGAGAUGGUCCCAUCCUGUCUGUUCUCCAUCGGUGGCCACCUGUCCCCAAGGCCCACAUACAUCAGUGACCAGACCAUUCUGCAUAAUCGAAAGCCCUGUUCAGAUGACUACCGGAAGCGAGUAGGUAGCUGGCAGCAGCAGCCCCUGGGCACUACCAAGCCAAGGUACCUAGAGCAACUAGAGAACUACCUACGCAAGGAGCUCCUCCUGCUGGACCUGGGCACAGAUUCUGCCCAGGAGCUAAGGCUGCAGCCUUACAGAGAAAUCUUUGAAUUUUUCAUAGAGGACUUCAAAACAUACAAGCCAUUGCUAUCCUCCAUCAAGAAUGCAUAUGAGGUGAUUCUGGCCGACCAGAGGGAGAAGAUUCGGGCUCUGGAGCCCCUGAAGGCAAAGCUUGUCACUGUGAAUGAGGACUGCAACGAGAGGAUCCUGGCCAUGAGGGCUAAGGAGAGAGAUGAAAUCUCCAUGCUGAAGAAAGAGAAGAUGAAUUUGCUAAAACUCAUUGAUAAGAAUGAGAAGAUCUCAUUGCAGAGUGAGGUGACCAAACUGAGGAAGAACUUGGCUGAGGAGUAUCUGCGCUACCUCAGCGAGCAAGAUGCCCGUAAGAUCCUUAUUGCAGACCUGAAUGAGCUACGGUACCAGCGGGAAGACAUGUCACUAGCCCAGUCCCCAGGUGUCUGGGAGGAGGACCCUGUGAAGUUAACAGUGGCUCUGAAGAUGGCCCGGCAAGUGACCCGCAGGCAGAUGGAACUCAACACCAUGAAGGCCAACUUUGGAGACGUGGUGCCCAGAAGGGACUUUGAAAUGCAGGAGAAGACCCUCAAGGAUCUGCAGGAGCAGGAGAUCCAGCGCACGGCCAUACCGCGGCCAGACUGGUCCAAGUGUGAAGAUGUGGUGGCUGGAGGACGAGAUCGCUGGCAAAUGCUGGCCGAGGGCAAGAACAGCGACCAGCUGGUGGAUGUGCUCCUGGAGAUUGGCGAGGGGCUGCUCCAGGAGAAAGACUUCUUCCCUGGUCUGGGUUAUGGGGAAUCCAUCCCCCCUUUCCUUCGGUUUGAUGGUGUCAUGCAGAACAAGAAGCCAACCAAGAAGGAUGUGGUAAACCUCCUCAAGGAUGCCUGGAAGGAACGUAUCACUGAGAAGCAGAAGUUCCCAGAUUUCUUCUUCAAUUUCCUGGAGCGUCGCUUUGGGCCUGGUGAUGCCAUGGCCUGGGCUUACACCAUUUUUUAAUAUACCAAGCUCUUCCACUCCAAUGAGGUCAUGAGUCAGUUCUAUGCAAUCUUGAUGGGAAAGAGGAAAGAGAGUGUGUACAUCAAGCAGAAGGAGACAAUAGCACAGCUGCUGAAGGAGAUGACCAGUGCUGACAGCCAGAACGAGGGGCUACUAACCAUGGAGCAGUUAAGCACUGCCCUCAAGAGUACCUUCCCCUUCAAGAAGGACGAGAGAAUUCAGGAGCUGAUGGAGGCAGGGGGCUGGCAUCCCAGCAGCAGCAAUGCAGACUUGCUCAACUACUGCGUAUUAUUUAUGGAGGACAAGGAGGGCCAGAGCGUGCCCUUUGUACAAAAGCUGUGGGAACAGUACAUGGAUGAAAAGGAUGAAUACUUACAGGAGUUAAAGCAGGAGCUGGACCUGGAACUCCACGAUGAGGUGACCCUACCCAAGGUACGUGAGGCCUUGAUGAACACUGAUCCCAGCCUGGACAAGCAGACCCUAAACAGCUAUUUGAGCCAGGCCUUCCAGCUCCCCAUGACAGAACUGCCAGAAGAGGGCAAGGAAAAGGAAGAAGGCAUUGUGAUAAGGCUCCAGGCUGCACUGGAACAGCUUCAGAUGAGUGAUGUUAGGCGUAUGGGGCCCUGAGAGCAGGAACCUGCAAGCUGA